UUUGCCAUUCCCCCUGCGAUUCCUCCUUUGGUAACUGCCUGCCAUUAAGUCUCAAGCAGGGCACCUGUUAAUCCGGAUCUUUUUCAGCACGGUUACUAAAACUUGCUAACCCGGCUGGCAGACGUGCUUCUUAUGAACAAUGGACUUCCUCUGACAGACUCUCAUAACCAUCAUGGAGAACACGGACUGGACACAUCUUCAACCUCACGCUACUAUGGACUAUGCAGGAUGAGGACCUCGAGGUUCAGCUGGCCCACAAGGAGAAGGAGUGCAAGGAGCUGCAGGGUCGGUGGAUCCAGCAGCUGGAGGGGGCAUUGCGGGACACCAGGGCGCAGCUCGCCGCUGAGAGGGCACGCUUCCUGCAGCUCAGGGAGGACUUCCUGUACAACCUACAGGUGUUGGAAGAGCGCGACCGCCAACUGGACCAUUACGACGCCAUGGCAGCCCGUAUCGGUAGCUCUGAGAACGCCCGGAGGGCCGAAAUCAGCGAGCUACGCAUCCAGAUCGACAAGCUGCAGGAGGCUGUGGCCACCGAGGCCCGGGUUCGAGAGGAGCUGCAGCUGCAGCACAAGCAGAAGCUGGCCGAGCACCAGCUCCGGCUGGAGAGAGUGCAGAGCAUGAAGGAUCGUGAAAUCGAGAGGCACAGGGAAGAGUACGAGGUACUGAAGCGUGAACUGGAACGAAGAAUCCAGGAGGUCCAGGGGGAGCUAGCCCUGCAGAAACAGGAAUUUAUAAUGGAAUUUGACAACGAGCUGAAGCGCAGGGAGCGUGAGUUCAGCCUGAGGAGGGAUGAGAUGAGCAGUGCGGUAUACUCCCACGAGCUCAAGGCUGGUCUGCUGAGCCGAGAGGUGGAUGCGCAUGCCCAGGCCCUAAAACAGACAGAAGAGGCCCUGAAGGAGUGUCAGGGGUCUCUCCAGGACGCCCGCCGGGACCUCCAGCGCAAGGAGCAAGAGAUGGAGGAUGUCUGUGUUGUCAAGGAUGCACGGAUGAAGGAUCUGGAGGACAGGCUGAGUGCCGUGGAGGUAUGUCGCAAGAAGGAGGAGGAAGUAUACAACAGGAAGCACGAGGAGCUGGACCGGCGCGUGCGGCAGCGCGAGGCCGCCGUGGCAUCCCUGAGGGACGUGCACUGCGAGCAGCUCCACUGGGCAGAGGCACGGGCACGGGAGUCGCAGGCGGGGCUGGACGCAGCGCUGGAGGACAAGCGGCGGGCAGAGAGCGACCAUGCCGAGCUCCUCAGGGACAGGGACGCGCAGCUGGCAGAUCUCCGGAAAGAGCUGGAUGCCGGCCGAGCGGCCUGGGAAGCUCACGUCAAGCAGACGGCCAAGGAGAAGGUGUCCAGGGAUCUGGAGCUGCAGUCGCUGGGCGAGCGGGAAGCCAAGCUGAGGGCUGAGCUGCAGAGGCGCACGGAGGAUGUGGAAAGGUACCGGCUGCAGCUGUCCGAGGGGGUCCAGCGAGAGCAGGACCUGGAGCGCGCACGUCUGCAAGCCGAGCUGGACUGGCAGCAGCGCAUGGAGGAUGCUAAGACGCAGCAGUACCAACUGAAUGAGGAGCUUGUGAAGGGCCUGAUGCAGGCCCGUGACCAGGUCACGGCGGAGCUGCGCGAGAAGGAGCGGGAGUUACAGGAGAUGGCGGCCCUCUUGCGCAGCGUCACCGCGGAGAAGGAGCAGGUCCUGCGUGGGGCGCCAGGGACGCAGGCCACUGCUGGCGUGGACGCUCACGGUCCUGCGGACGGUGCCGGCAGCUUCCCCUCCGAGGAGAUCCAGCGUCUGCAGCAGCAGAAUAGCAGUCUGCGUGGUGCCAUCGCCCAGAUGAGGAAGGACAUGGAGAGCCUGAGCGAGAAGCUCCCCACAGUGCCCCCCACAGGCACUGACGAGGGCAGCCCAGAGUACAGUCAGGCUCUGGAGGAGGAGGUGCGGGAGCUGAAGGCCCGCUGCCGACACCUGGAGGAGCAGCUGGAGGAGGCCCUCAAAAGCUCCGGUCCCUCUGCCGCCAGCCAUGCACCCAUUCCAGCUCUCCCUGUCUCCGCUGACAAUGCUUACCUCCAGAAUCACAUCUGCUGCCUCAACGAAACCAUUGGUGGGCUGCGAGUAGAAAAAGUAUCCAGUGCUGCUGCCUUGAGAAAACUGGAAGUGAGGGUGGCGCACCUGGAGCCUUCCCUGUCCCGGGUCACACAGCAGCUCCAUUCAAAGCAGGUGGAGUGUGAUGAGUUGCGCUUCGAUUUAGCCAAUCAAAAGAAGCGAGUAGCUGCGGAAGAGGCGGGGCUGCGGCAGAGAUUGGCUGCUGUGGAAAUGGAGCUGGAAGAGGUUAAACGGGAGGCCGAGGAGUACCAGAGGGGCAGCCUGUUGCAGAACCUGGAGGCUGUAGCCCUGGGCAACCAGGUUUCCGCCCUCAAGUUGGACAUCGCAAGCCGACGAGAGCCCAUUGUUGUUGAACAGAGCACAGUGCUGCAGGAGCUCCAGAAGGAGAACCUGCACCUGAGGCAGCAGCUGUUGGGGCGGGGCCACGAGGCCAUGGUUGCCAUGGAGACCUGGGCUGGCGCCGGCCCCGCCCAGCUGCAGGCCAAGUUGAAGAAGGCCGUGCGGUGCAUCUCCCAGCUGAGCCAGGACAAGCAGAGGCUCAUUGAGAUGGGGAACCGGCUGAGAGGGCAGCUCAUCGCAGCCGGCCUCGACGUCGCUCAGCCCCCUGGUCCCGCUAACAGACCCGACCGGGGUCCUAAGGUCCACACGCCGGAGCGGCAGCAGAAUCCCCUGUCUGCCCUGGAGCAGCUACAGUAUCAGCUCACCAAGCAGGAACUGCAGUACGCACAGCGAGAGUAUGGCAUGAAGACCCCUGUAAGAGCAAUGGUGCGCCCUUCUCAGUGCGAAAGCAGGGGCCAGGAUGAGGGAGUCCGUGUCGGCCAGCAGCGUUCCAGGGCAGAGAAGGAGAAUGCACUCCCUGGGAGACCCAUGCCCUCCCCCGGGGCGCCCUCAGCCCUCAUGUCCUCCCUGGGCACAGACAGCUCCCUGCAGGACGUCUGGCACAUGCUAGAGGUGGCCUCCAGCCUUUCGGGUCUCUCCCCCGGGGAUGGGGCAGACGGAGGGAAGCCUGUUGUUUUCUGUCCUUUUUGGGUGUCAUCUGGAGCAGGGGCAGACUCCAAGCGAGCAGGAGGCAGCGGACCAGGCCCAGCACACAGGGUGUCUCUCCAGGGUACGAAGAUACCUGUUCAGGAGAGGAAGAAAAUGACAAGGGCAGCUGGCAAGACCAGCAUGAAGACCAAAAGUCAUGGGAAGGGUUCUGGUAUAAGAAACUACAAUAUCAAAGACUGAAAAGCAUUUGUGUUUUUAUAUGCUGGGAUAUACUGUCUGGAGAAGUUAAUUUUAUGUAAUAUAACUCAUGUUUUAUGGUAAAUUGGAAACCCGUACACACACACACAUAUAUACACUAAUUAAGCCAAAACAUGUGCAGUUUAACUUUAAAUAAAAGGAACCUUAGCUGACAUGAACACAAAAUGCGUGCUCAUUCUGAUUGUAAAACUGUAAAAAGCAAAAAAUAUAUUUUCAAAUUGUACUUGUUCUUUGCCGGACAAUAUUACCUCAUUAUGCACACCAAAAGAGAGAGAGUCAGUGAUGAGGCCUGCAGCAUGCAUUACUGGCUUAUUACGUGUUAACAUGCAUUACUGGCUGACAUGCUUAUUCUGACAGGACAGACAGCUUGUUUUGUCUGAUUUCUCAUUCACAUAAAUCCCGGGUGUUGGUGAAACGUUUACUGGACACGACGCUGUAUGUUGGAAACUGAUGCUCAGCAUAAUAAAUAAAUAAUAAAAUAGUUCAAACAAAAACUA